GGUGGUUCUGAUCCCCCAGCGAUGGCCGCGCCCCGCGGGACCGCCGCCUCCUGGAGACGGGCGCUGCUGGCGCUGCUGGCGUCGCAGGCCGUGACCCUGGUGCUGGGCCUGGCAGACGACGACGUCCCCGAGCAGUGGCUCCUCCUGCACGUAGUCCAGGGCCAGAUCGGGGCCGGCAACUACAGCUACCUGCGGCUGAACCACGAGGGCGGGGAGCUCAGCGUGCACAGCCUGCGCGGGGACGCCGACCUGUGCGUGUCCGGCAGCACCCUGCACCCCAGCUUCGACGACCGCGAGCUGCAGUCGGCCACCUGCGGCCGCGACGUGGUCGCCGUCCCCGCGCACUUCCGGCGCCCCGUCGGCGUCGGCAUCUACGGACACCCGUCCCACGACACCAGCGACUUCGAGAUGAAGGUGGACCAGGACCGCACGGCCGAGCCGCGGCCGCCGCGCCAGGCCGCCCCCGGGGAGAACGCGGACGGCUCGGGGCCGGCGCCGGAGGAGGAGUCCGUGCUCUGGACCGUCCUCAUCAGCAUCCUCAAGCUGGUGCUGGAGAUCCUCUUCUGAAGGUGACCCGACCGAAAGGCCAGACCCGGACGCAAACGAAGCCAUACA